AUGACUGUCAAAAUCUUUCUGACGGGCGUCACAGGCUACAUUGGCGGCGACGCCUUUUACGCCCUUUACGAGAAACACCCGGAAUACGAGUACGCACUCCUCGUGCGCAAUGAAGAGCGUGCCGCUCCCGUGAAGAAGGCGUAUCCCAAUGUUCGCAUAGUACUCGGCGGUUUGGAGGACGCGAGCGUAAUCGAAAAGGAGGCGGCUGCUGCUGAUGUAGUUAUUCACACCGCUGGGUCUGCUGAUGAUGAGCCAUCCGCAAAAGCCAUCGCAAAGGGGCUGGCAGAGGGACACACGCCUGAGAAGCCGGGCUUCUGGCUUCACAUCUCGGGUACCGGUAUCCUGCAAUGGUACGACAUGAGGAACAAACGCUACGGCGAGGCCCCCCUCCCAGACCAAGACUACCACGACAUCCGCGACAUUGACCGCAUCCUCUCCCUGCCCGACGACGCCAUCCACCGCGACAUUGACAAGAUUGUCCUCGGCAGCAACUCCCCCAGCGUCCGCACCGCCAUCGUCGGCCCGCCCACAAUCUACGGCCGCGGCCGCGGCCCGACGAACCAGCGCUCGAUCCAGGUGCCCUCCCUCGCGCAGGCCACGCUGGAAAAGGGCUUCGCGCCCAUCGUGGCGCCGGGCAAGGCCGAGUGGGACAACGUCCACGUGCACGAUCUCUCACGGCUGUUUGUAAAGCUCGCGGAGGCGACGCAGGACGCGUCCAAGAACGCCGACCCGGAGAUUUUGGGCCCGCGGGCGUAUUACUUUGUCGAGAGCGGGACGCACGCGUGGCGCGAGGUUGCCGGGUGGGUUGCGGAGGAGGCGUUCAAGCAGGGUUUUCUGCCGGCAGCGUUGACCAAGGAGGCUACGAUGAAGGAGGUGCUGCAGAGCGAUGGCAAGGCGAACGCGACGUGGGGGUUCAAUUCCAAGAGCAAGGCGGAGAGGGCGCGCAAGUAUUUUGGGUGGGAGGCGGAGAGCAGGAGUUUGAGGGAGGAUAUUGCUGAUACGGUUGCUUUUGAGGCCAAGAAGUUGGGCAUUCAGCCCAAGGAGAAGAAGCAGUGA